AUGUCUGGGUUGAACUGUGUCGAUUUGUGCUCCUCGCUGCUGGGGGAGAUCUUUCAGAGCGCUAACUACAUGCAGCUGCUGGAACAGUUGCUACGCAGGGUGUCAGACACAACAGCACUUCGUUACAUUUCUGUGCUCUGGGGCCUUUUCUGUACUGCGCAAGAUCUCUACGAAUCAUUGGCCACAUUGACGCAGGUGCAACUUGUGGAUGCGAUACAUGUUUUUCAACAGUCUCGCAACCGGCACGCUUCGGUCCAUUCCUCGAAUGUCUUGAAGGCACUGCGUUGGUUUGCAUCUACAGUACAGCCGGAAAACUUUCCGUCAUUGCAUCAGGGCCUUUUUCAUGCAAAAUCAUGGCAGUCACAGUCCGUGAAGCGCGAGGCCAUCCCACUUCCACUGGGUUUCAUUUACUGGCUGGAGUGUUGUAUUGUCUUGGGCAGCUUCACUCCGCAAGAAAUGCUUUUUGCGGGUGCAUUGAUGCUCUGCGUAUGGGGCAGCUUGAGAUUUGGAGAUGCACAACAUUUGCGCUUGCAGGAUUUUUACAUUGAUUACGAUAGCAUUCGUGGCGUGGCUUACCGCACUAAGGCCAAAGCUUUCAUGCCCUUUGGCUGUAUAACCGCUGGCUUGACAUCUAUGCCUGGGGGGCGAUCAUGGGUUUUACACUGGUUGCAUUCCUUCGCGAAACAGGUGACCCUCUGUAGAGAAACUGGCGACUUCCCGGAUUACAUUUUCCUGGCCUUCGACUCAGGUGAGGUUCGGCCGAUGAGCUAUGCAGAGGCCUUAGUGGGUCUGAGGGGCCUGCUCCAGCGCUGGGGCGAACUUGAACCCCAGCAGUGUUGUCAAUACACUUUGCAUUCCAUGAAAGUCACGCUGUUAGCUUUCUACAGACACAUGGGAGCCUCGUUGGAAAUCCGGCAUUUGCAAGGACAUCAUUCCUUUGCUCCAUCUUCUACAUUGUAUGGCAGGGACGACAUUGCGCCCAUCCUUCAGGCACAGGUCGACUUCGUCAAGAAGGUUGCCUCUGGUUGGAGGCCGCGCACGCCCAUUUUGCGCGGUGUGACGUACAUGCCACGGGAACCACCUGUAGAGCUGGGGACUGUAACCCUCACUGAUGUGGAGUGCAUUUCGUCUUUACCUUUCUUUCAUUGGGAGGUCACUUCGGUGCAGGAGGAAACCUUCAGUGUUGUUGAGGGUGAUGCGGAAUCAGCCCCCUUGCAUGAGUCGACAGCGAUUGAACCAUCGGUUGUGCAUUCGGGGGGACCACCCCCUGUUCCAGAGCCUGUGGAAGGACUUCAGGAAGAGGAGACGUCCGAUUCGGAGGUUUCCAUUGAACAGGCAGAUGAAGUUGCAUUUUUAUGUGCGGAGACAUCAUGCAUUUUACAUGCUUGCGUUGAUGGCAAACCUGCUUGCAACAGCCGGGGAACGUUUCGCUUCAUUUCUCACCCCGAGUCCAAGGCUCGUUUUUGA